GUUUUACACAGCGUUGCGCGCAAGGGAAUACGCACACCGGUGGACGACCGAAAAUGGCGACGGAGAAUCGGAAUCCCGAAAUCAGGAAAGACGCAGUCAACAACCGGUUGGUGAUUCUAUCACCGGCUCGAUCUCGCCGUCCGUCGGACUUCAAAUCUAAAUCCCAAUCCAAAUCCGACUCAAGCCCGACCUCCAACGCCCAACCGCAGUGUCCGUUUUGUGCCGGAAACGAGCACCAAUGCGCACCGGAAAUCUUCCGGUUUCCUGAAGAUUCUACUUCCGAUUGGAAGGUCCGAGUGAUCGAAAACUUGUAUCCGGCUCUCAGCAGACAACUUCAAGUCAAAUCAGACAACGAGGAACACCGUCAGGCCAACGGCAGCACCGGUGAAGUUAGUUUGGGUGGGUUCGGAUUCCAUGACGUCGUAAUUGAGUCGCCGGUUCACUCGGUUCACUUGCCGGAUUUGUCACCAGCAGGAAUUGCAGUUGUUUUGCUUGCUUAUAAGAAGAGGAUAGAACAGCUUUGCGCUGUCGGUUCAAUCAGUUAUAUUCAGGUGUUCAAAAACCAUGGAGCCUCAGCUGGAGCUUCAAUGAGUCAUUCACACAGUCAAAUCCUUGCUCUUCCAGUUAUCCCAACCACUGCCUCCAAUCGUCUCAAUGCCAUGAAAGAACACCAUAACCAAACAGGAAAGUGUAGUCUUUGCAACAUUAACACACACAAACUUCUAAUCAAUGAAUCAACACAUUUCAGUUCCAUUUCUCCAUUCGCCUCCACUUUUGCAUUUGAGACAUGGAUUGUUCCACGCUAUCAUUCCUCUCACUACCACCAACUUGAUGAAGAUAAGGCUAUUGAUCUUGGAGGAAUACUGAAACUUACACUUGAAAAGUUAUCCUUACAGUUGAAUGACCCACCAUAUAAUCUUAUGAUUCAUACUUCACCUCUUCACAUUGUUUCCUCUGAGUUACCUUACACUCAUUGGUAUAUACAAAUAGUCCCACAGUUAUCUACAAUUGGUGGUUUUGAAAUGGGAACAGGGUGUUAUAUAAACCCGGUUUUCCCAGAAGAUGCUGCUAAAAUCCUUAGGGAAGUCCAACUUCCAAAUAAGGAUUGAGUUUUUUUUUUAUAUAGUUUUGUAAGAUGUAACGUAGAUUUUUAUGAUAAAACUACUAGUUUUACCUAACACUAUUACCUAAAAGUUGGUUUUUCGGCUACUCUGUCAAACACAGAGGUAAAAUGAUUGUAUCAAUAAUGAUGUUUGUUUGGUUAAAGUGAUGUACAUUUUAAGGUC